AUGUUGUUUGAAGUUGCAUUUAUUGUGACCGCGAUAAAGUUCUUUUUUAUGCCCUUAUAUCACUCCACGGAUUUUGAAGUUCAUAGAAACUGGCUAGCAGUAACACACAAUUUAUCAUAUGAUAAGUGGUAUUACGAUACCACCUCGGAAUGGACACUAGAUUAUCCUCCAUUUUUUGCUUGGUUAGAAUAUUUUCUGUCUCAUAUAGCGAAAUAUUUUGAUCCAGAGAUGCUCAAAGUAGAAAAUAUCAAUUAUAAAUCUGAUAUGACAGUCAUGUUUCAAAGAUUGUCUGUGAUUGCUCUGGACUGUGUAUUCAUUUAUGCUGCGAAGCGUUGUACCAGUGCAAUUUCAAAUGGUAGUCUUCUUGUAUACAUACUUCUAAUAACUAAUCCUGGCCUUUUAAUGGUUGAUCAUAUACAUUUUCAAUAUAAUGGUUUCUUAUUUGGAAUUUUACUUUUAUCGAUUGGAAAUAUGAUAAGGAGUAACUUUAUAUCCUCGGCUCUUUGGUUUGCCAUACUAUUGAACUUCAAACAUAUAUUCCUGUAUAUUGCACCAGUGUAUGUGGUGUAUUUGCUUAGAGUGUACUGCUUCCCAACAUCCUCAACGGGUGGUGUACAUACUCCCUGGUCAACAUUCUCAUUUGGUAAUCUUAUUAAGCUUGGUUUGGCUGUAUUAUCUGUGUUUUCUUUAUCUUUUGGGCCAUUCAUUGACCAAAUACCACAGCUCAUUUCAAGAUUAUUUCCAUUCAAACGAGGGUUAUGUCAUGCUUAUUGGGCACCAAAUUUUUGGGCCUUAUAUAACUUUGCAGACAAAGUUUUGCAGCAACUAUGUCUAAAAUUAGGAAUAGCAAUUACAUCACCAGAGGCUUCCAUGACUGGAGGUUUAGUGAAGGAGUACAAUCAUGCCAUACUUCCAUCGAUUACACCGACAAUUACAUUUCUUCUAACUGUAUUAUCUAUGCUACCAGCCUUAGUAAAGUUAUGGUAUCUUGGAGCUGAUAAGAAGUAUAGAUCUAUGAGCUUUGUUAGGUGUCUCACAAUCUGUGCUACAUGCUCCUUUAUGUUUGGUUGGCAUGUCCAUGAGAAGGCUAUACUGAUGAUAAUCAUUCCUCUUACAUUCCUUUCCGUCCUCGGCCGUGCUGAUGCAAAAGCAUACUUGUAUCUAUCGACAUUAGGUCACUAUUCGCUAUUCCCUCUCCUCUUCCAUAAAAAUUUGUUACCAAUUAAAGUGUUUAUGUUAUUUACACAUUCAGCCCUCGCCUUUCAUCAUCUCCCGUUAAUUUACGAAGUUCCUAAAACUAAAUCAAAUAAAAGCAGCGGUUUCCGAUCGUUGUCCGGACCGGAGAAAUGUCUCUCCAUGCAUUUAAAUGGUUUAAUAAUUAUUUUUAUUUACGAAAAUGUUAUUCAUAGCGCUUUAGGUUUGGACAAAACGCUGCCUUUCUUUCCUCUCAUGAUAACAUCUGUUUAUUGCGCUCUAGGAGUUUUUCUAUUUUGGAUAUCCUACUACGCUUAUUUCCUUACAUUUAAUACGAAUAAAAUACCGACAUUCACUACCGAUACGAUGUCGAGAUUUACAUUGGAGAAGGAUAUGUAA